ACGGCAUAUAUCACGUCUUUUCUUUACCUACCUCACGGAGAGUGGUGCUCGCAAGUUUGUGUGCUUUUGUGUGUGAGUGUUCGGGGAUAAGUUGAGCUGCGGCAACACCAUGAAACUGAUCGCGCUAGUGUGCCUGUGUCUCCUGGCAGUGGUGACGGCUCAAGACGACUUCCCUUUCUCGAACUUCCUGUCUAGCGGUUCCUCCAGGGAAAACAGGGGACCUGUGCUGUUCCCUCCGGGAGAUCUUCCGGAGGAGACCAGCGGCGUGAUACCCGGAGCCUCCGGGUAUGGUUUCGUCCCUCCGGGCAGCAACAGGAUAGGUGGCCGCGGUUACGGCAAUCCCCGGCCGAAGCCCGGAUACUUCUAGACUAAACGUCAACGUUACCAACAACAACUCCCGUCGACUUCCGUGUCACAGCCGUUACCUCACCUGGCCAGAAGACAGCGGCCAAGAUUCCAUUUUCCCCCGCUGGCGACAUGGACUGCUUUUGCCACGCUUGUGGCGCUGCCAAGCGGCCGCGUUGAGCAACAACCCCGUCUCCUCGGCGUCGCAUCCCGAGAUUCCCCGAAUACUUCCGAGUCGUGACGACACGGGGAGCACACGGCGGCCAUGUUGAAUUAACCAUUACGCGUGCCUUGGUGCUGCGGUCUACUUGCAGAUCGAUUUACAUACUCGAUUCUCGGGCUCACACGCCAUGUUGAUUUUUUUUCUUUCGAAUUUUCAUUUAUUUAAUUUAACGACUGUUUAUAAUAUUUUAACCCGUAUAUCUCAUUUUAAUUUUGUUUUUCUGCUGCAAAUAAUAAUAUUCUCGCAAGUGUUUGUAAUUAUAAUUAAUUGCGCGACUUUACACACUCAUGACGUUACACGAAAAGUGAAUAUCUGUAGCAGAACUACAAAUGCAAGGGAGGCAGCGAGUUAAAAUGUUAUAACAUGCCCUUAAAUAAAAGUAAUUACAAUAAAAAAAUUCAACAUGGUGUAUGAGAAUGAACCUUAACUUUCAAUUUUUCUAAAUAUAUCGAAUAGCUACCGGAACCUUCGAUUAGACUUUUGUUUUUGUUUCCUCGUGUUGCUGAGCUAUUAGGUAAUGAAACUUAACUUCGGUAUCUCAAAACAGUUUUUUUUUCUUAAAACAGCUCCGACUGUAUAGUUAACUUUUUUUAGUUUGUUAGUUUUCUUUUUGUGUGAAAGCCUUUAACCGUGCACCAAAACAAUCGUUUUUUUUUUAUUAUUUCUUCCAAGAGCUUUGUUUGUACAACGAAGACUGUGUGCGCAACGAUAUUUAUCUCGCUUCUCGACUUUCACCGAAGCUUGCAGAAAAAAAAAACCAGACCCACGACACCAUGUCAGCCAAGCGCAUUUCUCCAUUCUCUUUCAUCACUGACAUCACACCUUCACUUCCAAGUGUAUCGAACUAACAACAUGUAUUUAUUGUUUAUUUUUAUUUUUUGAAUUCCUGUAGUGAUUAGUUGCGGAGUGCUGGCGAAAAUGUUUCAGUGGGAAUGAAAGGAAAGUUAUGUUUUGCGUGGGUCUACUGCUGUCUCGUGGGAAAAUAAAUCGCUGUUUGGCUUACCGUGUCCAACUCUGAAAAUGUCUGUGAACCUAUAAAAAAAGAAAGUAUUUUUUUCUCGGUAGGAAUGAAACCGACUAGUACCUAUACCUUGAGACACGUUAUUUGAAUCGUUGGCAUUAAUAAAAUUAACCCGAUUAUAGUAUUUCUAGUAAGAAACUCAAAACUGAAACACAUUUUCGAGAGUUUCUUUUUUUAAAUUUAUAUUCUAUAUCAGCCAGCCCCCCCCCCUCCCCUCCCCCCGGUAAAGCUCUUUCACCCAUAUUACUAGGGCGCCAGGACCGCAACUGUCCUUAAAUGAAGGUAAAGACCGAAAAACAAAGAUGCUUUUUCCGUAAGCAGGCUCUACUCGGGAUAUCGCGUUGUUUGUUUUUCCUCCGAAAGCUCUGCGCACCGUGUGUGUGUGCCCGGGUUGGGCGGGAUUGAGACCCAGAAGAAGGUAAGGGGGUGAGAAGGUUGCUGGUUGACGUCUCGUUUCCGGCAGGACUUCCCGGACACGUGCAGUCUCACUAGUGUGUGUGUGUGUGUCGGGUGGGGGGGGGGGGGGGGGGGGGGGGGCGACCACAAAAGGCAGGCCGCCGCGUGCAGGCGGUCGGCAGUCAGAACACGGCAAGCCUUCAUUUCACAGACGAGGGAGCCACACCCGAAGUUCCCCGAAGUGCAUGCUAGCUUUUUUUCCUCCGUUCUAUCUCACUGUAUAAACCGGUGUGGCAUUAAAUUUUGCGGUCGAUUAGGAUAGGUUGUUAGCUACAUUAUAAAUACUUUAAAAACAUUGUGGAUGGUUGGUUAUAUUAGGUAAGUAUAGCUACAUUAAAAAAACACUGUAAAAUCAUUUUAUGGUUGUUUAGCAAAUAACUUUUUAAUAUGUAGCUGUCCAGGGCUAGGAAACCGUUUACAUGAUUUCACAGUAUCUUUUAUGUAGCUAUCCUAACCAAAUCAACUGUCCACAAUUUUUUAAAGUAUUUAUAAUGUAGCUAACCUAACCUUUUACAAUGAACAAAAAAAAACAACCGAAGAUGCACGAUCGGGCGUUUGACACUCUCGUCUGUGAAAAGAAGGCUUCCCAGUCAGAACAACCCGCGAGGAACACGAGUUUCUUUCCCCCGCCGCAACGACACACCUCCGCGCUAGUGUCGCCAGACGCCCGGGACAAGGCAGGCGGACUCUUCGGCUCCCGAAGGGAAGGAGCGUGGUGUAUCAUCGGUUGCCAACCCCAAAAAAAAAAUUGAACGACGAACUUUGUAUACAACACAUGGCUAUGUUCUUUUUUGCAUGUAUGAAAUACGUUUUCCGAGAUAAUAAUGAGUACAUCUUUCGAAAAUUGGCACAUAAUUUUAUAUAUUUUAAUUGACUUUUAAUUAAAAAAAUAUAUUUUUAACAACGGAAAUCGAAUAAUCAACAAUUUGACUUAAUUUUUUUUAUUAUGCUUAUUAAUGUGCGCAGUUAAUAUUGGAAAACUAUUCAGGGAACGGUUUUUAAAUAACUUUUAACAAUUGGAGGUACUGGGUCGACACAAAGCACAAAUGCCCGGGCAAGAAUCCGAACAAUACUUCGUACCGAUAAAUUUGUUUUCAUCUAAAAGUACACACAUACAAAUAUCUGUAAUACUUUGACAUGAAUAGUUAUGUUUAAUUUACAAAAUAAUAGUGUGUGUACCGUCCGUAAUUAUGGAGACAACAUUUUUAUCCGUUUUACCCACCAAUACACCCAAUCAAAAAUAUAUUUUGUGGUUUAAAAAAAAACUGCAGUACUAAAACCCUUUUUCUUGAUGAAUCUCCAUAGUUGAAAACAAUAACUGAAUAAAAUUAUAAUAAUUUAAUGUACUUAUACAAACGUUAAAAAUUUGCCCAAUUCAAGCAUAAUCUUAUCAUACCAUAUUUAUUUUAUGAAAUGUGAAAUAUAAAUACGGAGUGAUUUCCUUGCUAGCCAAAUUUUAAAAUACGUUACAGCACAAAAUUAUAUAGUUUUUAAAGAAUGUUUGUUUGCGUUUAUCUAGCGAGGAAAUCACACUAUUGUUUGAGACAAAAUCUUGUACUAUAUUGUAUUUAUAAAAUAUAAGAUCAAAAGGGGAAAAAUGCCACGAUUGACCGAAUGUAUCGAUUCGUCUUAAAAUUGAAGGAAUGUCCUCUUGUUUGCCUGAAGUCUGGCGAUCCUACUGGGAGUUGAACAAAACUGCCUGCACUCCACGAAGUACCAACGAAUUCGUCUUCGUUUGCUGCGUUUUUAUUAUUGUAAUAUUAUUAUUAUUCUUUCUUGUUUUCUCGAAAACUCGAAACAUGUUUGUAAUGCAAGUGGGUUUAUCAUGUUGAUAAAUUAAAUGUUGUUACAAAUAUA